GUCUACACGGCAAUCCCCUCCAAAGCCUGCACUCAUCCCUAUCUUCUUCCCUGCUUCCUAUCGUACCGCCAUGCCUUCUCUUCGUCUAGGAAACAUUGCCCCCGACUUCGAGGCUGAUACUACUCAAGGUCACAUCAAGUUUCAUGAUUGGAUCGGGGAUUCUUGGGCUGUUCUCUUCUCUCACCCCGGUGAUUUCACCCCUGUCUGCACCACCGAGCUUGCUGAAGUCGCAAGGAGAGCCCCUGACUUCGCUAAGCGCAAUGUCAAGGUCAUUGGUCUCUCCGCCAACAGUCUUGCUGACCACGAGAAGUGGGUGAAGGAUAUCAAUGAAUGGGGUUCAAAGGUCGCCCCGACUUCAGUUGAAUUCCCCAUCAUUGCCGAUGGAGACAGGAAGAUCUCUACUCUUUACGACAUGUUGGAUGAGCAGGAUGCUACCAACAGGGAUGCUAAGGGUCUUCCUUUCACCAUUCGUACUGUUUUCGUCAUCGACCCAAAGAAGGUCAUUCGUUUGACCAUCUCCUAUCCGGCGUCCACUGGUCGUAACUUCGACGAGAUCCUUCGCUCUUCAAAUCGGCGAUAAGUAUCGCGUGACUACCCCUGUCAACUGGAAGAAGGGCGAGGAUGUCAUUGUCCACCCUACCGUCUCCAAUGAGGAAGCCAAAACUCUGUUCCCAGAACAUACUGUUCACAAGCCCUACUUGAGGACGACGCCUCUCAAGGUCGAGUAAACUUAUGAACAUUCUGAGAAUAUAAGGAUAAUUGUUGUAUCAUAGCGUAGUUACCAAUGAAUGUGAUUUACGAAUCACGGGGAUGUGAUAAGCGAGUAUUAUGGACAACAGUCGAGUAGUUUGCUGUGUUUUGAGAAACUUUGUCUGCGGACUACAUCUGUGAAGGAACCAUCUGUCGAAAGUACAGGUAAUAAGGGACCAUCCAACUUGCUGCAACACUACGUAAAUAAAUCAUCGGAAGUACCGACGAAGGUGUGGCUUACACCGCACAUCGAGCUCAACUUGUACCCACUGAGGAUUGGAACCGAAUAGAAGCGUACCAAUUC